AUGGCUAAUAGAAACGAUUAUCAGGCUUCUACCAACUACAAAGAAGCGUUCUCGCUAUUCGACCGCCGCGGUACUGGCCGUGUGUCCGGUGAUCUUUUGGGCGACUUGCUCCGCGCCUGUGGCCAGAAUCCCACUCUCGCCGAGAUCAGCGAUUUGGAGAAGUCUAUCGGUGGUGACUUCGAUUUUGAUGCCUUCCUCAAGGUGCUCAACCGCCCUGGUGGUUUCCGUGAGCCCGGCGAGCCCGAUGAAUAUUGCCGCGGAUUCCAAGUGUUUGACAAGGAUAUGACCGGGUUUAUUGGUGUCGGCCAACUGCGCUACAUCCUCACAAAUCUCGGCGAGAAGAUGUCUGACGAUGAAGUUGAUGAACUCCUCAAGGCUGUCGAUACAAGCUCUGGAGACAUCAACUACACAGAUCUUGUGCGCACCAUCCUAGCCAACUAG